CAGCCAGGGGAGGGAGAAAACAGGACAAGGAAAAGAGAGAAAGAGAGACCUGAAGGGACAUCUCAGAAGAAGCUUGAACUUUCCCAUCGUCCAAACCAAUCCAGAGGGAUGGACACUAAAGGUUCAUUUUCCUGCGGGAUCCUGUUGCUGCUGCUCAUCCAGUUCCAGUCCAGCAGAACCAACCCCAUCUACGGCCUCAGCCCUGCCAAAGAACUGGCCAGCAUGGAGGCUCUAUUGGAGAGGCUGGAGGACAAAUUCUCACUGAUGGAGGCCCUGGAGUCCAACCCUGAUCUUCAGGAGCCCGAAGCUCAGCAAGAGACUUCACCAGAACUCUUCGAUGACAGCAGUGACCAGCAGCCUGAGCCCAGGCCAGCCCCCAGCGCCCCUCUGUCCUAUAGGGACCCCAUCCUCAAGCAACUGAGGGGGCUAAAAGCUCCCAAGAUGAUGAGAGACUCAGGCUGCUUUGGGAGAAGAAUUGACAGGAUCGGCUCUCUGAGCGGAAUGGGCUGCAAUGGUUUCAGGAAGAAUUAAGGUGACUCUCCAGUGCUGCUGUCUCCCAGGACGCUUUCCAUAUGCUUUCUAAACUCUUAUGGAGAAGUUAUUCCUAUUUAUUUAUAUUUAUUUAUUUAUUUAUUUGAUGUUUUAUAAGAACAUUUCUUACUUUAGCACCAAAAAAAAUCAUGUUCA